AUGAUACUUUCUGGCGGUGGCGAGGAGCAGCCUCUUUCUCUCCCGGUGUUCGAUGCCACCGUAAUGCAGCACCAGGUCGCCAUCCCGGACGAGUACAUCUGGCCCGAGGACGAGCGGCCCGAACCAGACGCCACAAGAGAACUCGUGCUCCCUCUCAUCGACCUUGGAGCCUUCCUGGAGGAAAGUGAUGGAGGUUGUGGCCGAUCGGUUCUCAUCCUCGAAACGACGAGGCUGGUCAAGAAGGCGUGCGAGAAGCACGGUUUCUUCCAGGUGAUCAACCACGGUGUGGAAGCGGAACUCCUGGAAGAGGCCCGCCGCCUCAUGGUGCCAUUCUUCGAGAUGCCUCUCAAGGAAAAGCAGCGUGCACAGAGGAAGAACGGGGAGAGCUACGGCUACGCCAGCAGCUUCUCCGGCCGCUUCUCAUCCAGGCUCCCCUGGAAGGAGAGCAUGUCCUUUCGUCAUGCACCCUCUUCAUCGUCCGGCGACGGCGUCGUCCUCGACUAUUUCCUGAAGACAUUAGGCCCCGGUUUCAAAAACCUUGGGUAAAUAACCAAAUGAAGAAUACCAUUUUCACCCUUCCUUUGAAAGUUUUCUCUCACGGAUGACUCCGCUGCAUGCAGGGAGACGUACCAAGCGUACGGCGAGGCGAUGGCGGGAGUGGCUUUGGGGACGAUGGAGUUGCUGGCCGUGAGCCUGGGCCUGGAGAGGAGAACCUUCAGGGCAUUCUUCGAGGACCAUGACUCCAUCUUGCGACUAAACUACUACCCUCGAUGCCAGAGUUCCCAUCUCACCCUGGGAACCGGUCCGCACUUCGACCCUACUUCUCUUACCAUCCUCCAACAGGACGACGUUGAUGGUCUUCAGGUCUUCUCCGAUGGCUGCUGGCGAUCGGUCCGCCCCAACCCCACCGCCCUCGUCGUCAACAUCGGCGAGACCUUCACGGUAACACAACCUCUAAGCAACUCUCCACUCGGUUCUGGUCUUCUUCUACUCUCCCCUCCACCUGGGGAACGUUAUUGUUUCUCGGUCACGUCGCCAGGCAUUAUCCAACGGGAGGUACAAGAGCUGCCUCCACAGGGCGGUGGUAAACAGCACCAAAGCUAGGACUUCGCUGGCCUUCUUCCUCUCGCCUUCAAUGGGAAAGCUGGUGCGCCCUCCGCCGGAACUCAUCGACAAGGGGCAUCCCAGGCUAUACCCAGACUUUACCUGGUCUGAUUUGGUCGAGUUUACCCAGAAUCACUACCGCGCGGACAUGAAUACGCUUGACGUCUUCACCAGGUGGCUUCUCAGUAAGAAGCUGGCUGGGCUCCCCUGA